UUGCAACAACAACAUUAAUACACAACCUAUUAAGUAAAAUUAUCUAAAACGUAAAUAUGUAAGUUAUUUUACAGUGAAAUAACUCAGAUAAUUAUUAAAAACAAUAGAAUUUUAUUUUGCCACCUUUGCAAAUUCGUGUACAUACAUACGUACAUAUGUAUACAUGUAUUUUAUGCAAACCUCCUUUCCCUUGUGUUUUUGUUUAUUUUACAUAUGUAUACGACAAAAACAAUUUAAUUUGUGGGAAAAUAUAAACAAUUGCAUUUAGAGAAAAGCUUCAACUUCCAAAGGUUUUUGGAAACUUUAAACAUGUAUUUGGUUGUCUUAAAACUUGGUACAUAUGUCAUUUGCUAGAACUUAUUUAGUAUAAUUUGUUAGUCGAAAUGACUCAGUCGGGGCGAAAUAUAAGUUUUAAGAUUUUACAAUUAAUUGUGUGUAUAGGAGCAAUAAUAUUUAAAAAAAUUACGGACAAUAAGGCGCAUAUGAUUUCGAAAAUAAAUCAAAAAACUUCAAAUGAAUGGAAUCUUUUGCAAAAUGUUACAUGGUCAGCAGAGGGUAAUGACUUUAGUAUAUUUGCUUAUGCUGGCUACACUUUUAUAAUUGCGGUUUGUCUAUUGGACCGACUGAUCAAUUUUAAGAAAGCAUCAACUACAACGGAUACAUUGUUCUUGCGUUUUGGUGUAAUUAUAUUUUUUAUACAAGGCAUAAUGGUAUUUUAUUCGGUAGAAUAUGUGCCAGAAGACAUAAGAAUCAAUGCAUACAUAUUAGGAAGCCUUUCAUUUUUGGUUGGAAUUUUAUUUUUCCUUGAAGAUUGUCUUACUAUCAAGGGAUAUGAAACAUCAAAUAAAAUAAUACAAACAGAAAAAUUGGUACGUUUAGAAUACAUACGUAGAAUUAAUCACAAUCAUAUAGAUAUGUAUGUAUGUAUAUACAUUAGGGUGGUUAUUUAAUUAAUUAAUAACAAUUUCAAUUUUGUAUCAUUGUUUUGAAGUUUUCUUACAAAGAAUUUAUUCAAAGUAUAUAACAGACAUAAUAUAAUUUUAAUUUUAUUGCCAUUUAAAUAUUAAUAUUAUUAAAAAGGAAAAGUGAAAAUCAUAAAAUAAUUUGAACCACUUUAAUGUGCAUACACACACAUA